AUGGCAGCAAUGAAAUUCUCUUCUACUAUCCUUGAGGCCCUCAACCACCAUGCUACUCAGACCCCAGACAAGGUUGUUUUCACCUGGGUUGACAUCAGGUGCAAAGAACAACGACGCAUGACAUUCAAGCAGCUAGAGGAUGAAUCAAAUGCGGUGGCUCAUCGUCUCCUCAAAUUGGGAUGCAAGAAAGGAGAUCAUGUAAUGGUGGCAUACCCCUUUGGCCUUGAGUUCUUGGCUGGCAUGUUUGGAGCCAUGAAGAUUGGAGUGAUUCCCUGUUCCAUCUAUCCACCCAACCCCAACCAGCUCAAGACUGAUAUGCCCAAAUUCCGCCGAUUUGCUGUGGAUGCUGGAGCCAAGUAUGCUCUCAGUACUUCAGCUUUUGCCACUGCCAUGACUGCAGUCAGUGUCCUCUACAAGACUGGAGUGAAGUGGAUUGGAACUGAUCAACUUCCAAUAAAGAAAAGCAACCCCAAAAAGCCCAAACAUUAUGAGAAGUUUGAGGGACGGGUAAUCGAAGUCUGCUUUAUCCAGUACACAUCGGGCAGUACUGGUCGCCCCAAAGGAGUCAUGAUCAGUCAUGGGAACCUAGUAGAAAAUUGCAUUGCUAUUUCUGCCAUGUCUGGUACAGACGCUUCGAAUGUUGGCACUACAGUUGGAGCCUUGUGGGUGCCACAAUACCAUGACAUGGGGCUUGUUGCAGGCUUCAUGACUACCCUGUAUUUUGGAACUUCCCUGGUCAUGGCAUCCCCUUUGGAUUUUGUUGUCAACCCAGUACUAUGGAGUGAUAUGGUAGAGACCUACAAGGCCACCCUUACUUGUGCCCCAAACUUUGCCUAUGCCUUGCUCCUAAAGAGGUUGGAGCAGGCCAACCGAAAAGCUGACUGGACUUGUGUAAGGCGAGCCAUGUUUGGGGGUGAACCCGCCCAGAGCCAUGUUGUGGAAGCUGCAGCAACGACCCUCUCCAUCAAGCCUGAGCAUGUAUACAACAUCUAUGGGCUCGCUGAGUCUGUGGUGUUUCUUACAGGUGGCUCCGCCUACCCUGACUCUGAAGGGCUUCUCUGCUGUGGUGAAGUAAACUCGCCAACCCUCAAGCUCCGAAUUAUCCAGGAUGGAAAAGAGGUUGAGGAUGGACAGGUCGGAAGCAUCUGGGCCCAAUCACCCCGGGUGGCAGCUGGGUACUAUGGCCAGCCUCAGCUUACUACAUCCACCUUUGCCAAUGCCUUGCCCGGCUAUGAUGGGACCUGGCUUGACACUGGUGACCUGGGCAAGGUUGUGGAUGGACAGCUCUAUGUUACUGGGAGAGUCAAGGAUGUUAUCAUUAUCAAUGGCAAGAACUACUAUCCAACUGAUGUGGAGCUCUCUAUUGAUGCACUCUUUGGUGAUAUUAUCCGCCCAGGGAGGACCACUGCCUUCCAGCAUGGGGAAGACAGUGUUGGUAUCACAGUGGAGGGUCGUAAAGGCUUUGACAAGUCGGGAAAUGAAGAUUUGGUAAUCAAGAUAGCCAACCAUGUGUCCCAAGACCAUGGGCUCUCUUCUGCAGAGGUGUUGAUUCUCAAGCUUGGUGUGACACCAAAGACCACCUCUGGCAAGCUAAAGCGAAGUGAGAUUAGGCAGAUGACCAUUGGUGGCAAUUGGAAAGAAUCUUCCAUAUUGCUUCAAUUCAAGAGGCAGGAAGCUCUUACUCCUCUUCAGAAGAGUCAACGCCCAUCUUUCCUUGAGAGAAGCUUUUCAAUGAAUGGCAUUGCUAGCAAUGAGUUUUACCUGAAUGAAGAAACCGAACAUGAAAUCAUGAGGCAAUCUAUGAGAGCUCUUGACUGUAACCUCGAAGAGCAGCCACAUGUUGCUAUGCAUCCACAUGUUGCUAUUGUCGGUGGUGGAGUUGCUGGCCUUAUUACAGCGCUCAGACUGUCCCAAAGAAACAUCAAAGUUACCGUGUUUGAGCGAAAUGAGCAGAUUGGCGGCCAUGCUAGAUACACAACAGUCUUUGGACAUGAACGCAACCCAGCUUUUGGCAUGUUCUGUGAAAGUGCAUGGCCAAACCUCAUGGCAUUGGCAAAGGAACUAGGUAUUGAGCCACUGGCUUUGGGAACAGCAUUGGAAGGGCGGCAUGCUGUGGACAUGGGGUCUCAUCAGAUCCCAAAAGCUGACCCAGCUGAAGUUAGCCGGUUCCUUGCUGAAAUGCAUCUUGUGUACAAGUCAGGAUCAGGGCUGGGUGAAAGCAUUGGGCAAUUCAUGGAUAGGAAAGGUUUUGACCAGCAUUUCAUUAUCUACUACUUCCUGGGGAAAAUGAUCAGUUUUUUUGCUGGCAAUUCAAUUCAACAGUUUCUGGACUACCCAUUGGAUUUGAUUGCUUGGUAUGUUGUGGCCAUUGGCAUUGCAAGUGCAGAUGAAAUGCUCUUCCGCCUGCGGAACAAGGAUUACAUGGAUGCCUUUGAGCAUAGGCUUAUGCGCCUAGGUGUGGACCUUAAGACUGGUUGUUCGCCAAUCAUCCAGGGCAGAGAUGGCACAGGUGUCUUAAUUUUCACAGGCACUGAAGAUGAUGACGUUCAGCACUUUGACAAGCUUGUACUGGCAGUACCUCCCAAUGCUGCAAUGCAGGUUCUUGGUGAACAUUGCUCUGAUUAUGAGGGAGCCCUGGAAGAGUUUGAUUGUCCAUUAGAGACAAUUGUUUUCCACACUGAUGAAAAAUGGGUAGAACCCAGCAUGAUUGAUGGAAUUUUUGCAAACAUCCCAGACUGUGGGACAUCCUUGCCCUCUUGUGAUGACACAAUCCCAUUCACAACAUCAUUGGCAAGUGACACUGAUAACAGGACCCCAAUCUAUGCAACUCAUGCCUAUUCCACAUUCAAUGAGUUGGACUUUGAUUCCCCCACUGAAACUAUGGCAUUCACCCACACCAAACUUACUCCAAAGGCAGAUGAGCUCAGAAAGGCUAUACUGGAGCAUCAAGGCGAAAACAACUCUUACUAUGCUGGUGGUUGGACUCGUGGUCUUAUGUUUCAUGAAGAUGCUCUUGUAAGUGGAAUUCAGGUGGCAAAUUCCAUCUUGCAUGAGUUGGGGGGAAGGCCCCACAAUAUUCUUGCAAGAACCAUAGCACCUGCAGAUGAAAAGACAAAUGGAGCUUCAAGCUUCAAAACAUUCCAUGCAGGAACUGGAGUGCCCAUUCCUGCAUCUGAAAGCAUUGUAAUGGCUGUCUUUGGGUUUAGUGUUGACUCAUCCAAGACUUGGGCAGAGAAUGGUAUGACUUCGCUAAAGAGCGCAGAACUGAGGAACAAGGUCGAGGAAGAUUUGCAUGUUGUUCUUCCAGCAAACUUUGAACAGAUCUACCCCACCCCUGCGGAACUAGCCAAGUUCUUGGAGGCAUCAGAAGGCCAAAGCUUUCCUGUAUAUGCCAUGGGCCAUCGAGAACUGGAGUGGAAUACUUCCAGGUCAAAGUGCAGCAAGCCAGUGCUUGCGAUACUCCAGGCCCUUGGAUCAAUUGUGAUUCUACUACUUCUUUUCAUUUCAAUUGUGCCAUCCUGUCUCCUUGUCUCCUGGGCAAUAAACCGAUGUGGCUUCUUGGAACAUGGACAAUGUAUGGAUCCAUUAUGGGUGGUCUUUAUGCCAACAGCUUUUCCCCUUUUCAUCUUUUGCUUCUCAUUCAUUGUGAUCAUCUGCAAGUAUGCUGUUGUUGGGACGUAUCAACCCAGACAGAUUGAACUCUUGUCAUGGGCCUACCUACAUUGGUGGUUUGUUGAUAGGCUCAUGGAAGUUUGGGAGUCAACGGUGGGUCACUUCUUUGUUGAGACAAAGUACAUCUGGAUCUUCUACUGGCUACUUGGAGCAGACCUAGCAUGGUCCACCAAGAUUGAGGCAUACAUCCGUGAAUUUGAUCUGGUCAAAGUGGGCAGCAACGCUACUAUUGGCCACUCAUUGAAGUGCAGGAAGUUCUCGCAGUCAGUUGAAACAGGGCCUAUGAUGACAUUCCGUCCCAUUGUGGUUGGGAACAAUAGCAGUGUGUCUGGAAUGGUCAGCCCAGGUACUGUUAUUGGAGAAAGCUGCAAAGUGGAAAAACUAUCAGCUGUUAAGGAAGGUGCUGAGCUCUCAAACAAUAUCCUGGCGAAGGGAAUUCCAGCAUACAAUUCAGGACCCUAUACCUGCUCCAUACCAUCACCGAAAGAGGAAGUUAUCCUUGAAAUCUUCAAAAUUGGAUGGACCACGGCUGAAGCAUAUCACUUCUUUGCACUAUCUUUUUUAACCCAUGCUUCCCUCAAUCAAAUCUUGCCAUCAUGGCGCUAUGCUACUGUUUUGCAUUGGAUCUUGGUUUUCCCAGCGUCCUCUUUCCUGGCACUCCUCACAAGCAUGGCUCUAAAAUGGCUUCUAAUUGGGAAACGAGAUCCAUCAGAAGACUAUGAUGGUUCACUAUAUCGUCGAGCAACCAAUUGGGCAUGUGACUUCCACUUCCGUGUAGCUUGCUGGACUCUUGCCCCCUUCUUUGGUCAGUCAAAGCUGUGGAACAUAGUCCUCUUCCUCCAUGGCCUUGACGUUGAUAUGAAAUCAGGCCUCAACAACCCAUACCUCAUCUUCUACCCUUCCAAAGUGGACUUUGUUAAGAUCCGGAAUUCAUUUGUUGCCACAAUCUCUCUUGACUUUGGCCAGAAAGGUGACUCUAAGAUUGAGAUUAUCAACAGCAGUGUUGGCUACAAUGUUGUUCUACAUGCCGGUGUCAAGAUUAUGCGAUCAUCAAUUCCGCCAAGAUCAGACGUGUCAGACAGUGUCUACGAUUUGAACCAAUCUGGAGAUGCAUGGAAGCCUGCUUUGAUUAUGGACUUGUUCCUUCCAGAAUUGGUUCAAAUGCUCUUGAAUUUUGUGAUAUUUGCCUCCCUCAUUCCUGCCUAUGAGAUGGGCCUUGCUGCCACAAGAAGUUCUUCCAUUUCCAUGACUACAUGCGGGAUUGCGGCAGCCUUUGUUCUUCAACUGUUCCUGUGGCUACUUUCAUCCAGAGCAGUCGAAAGGGCCUUGAUGAUUCUGCCAAAAUAUGCUCAACAGAGCUUCUUUGGAGUUUACAUAAACCAUGUCUGGAUUUUUGGAGUAGUGAAUUGGCUUGUUUUCCUUCUCUAUGGAACUCCAAUGUUUUCCUACUAUGCACGAUUGAUGGGUGCAACAGUUGAAGGUGAGCUUUGGUACUUUGGCAAUGCUCUCUAUGAGUAUGAGUGUCUACAUUUUGAAGGAAGCACAAUUAUUGAUAGUGCCCAUGUGAGCGGUCACUAUCUUGAUUGCAAUGGGCUUACCAUCAAUGAUACCUAUGUGUCUGGGUUGUUGCAUCCAGGUUGCUAUGCUUCUGCUGGAUCCGUGGUAUCUGCUGCCGAACAUGGUCCAUGGAAAGUGUUCUUAAGGCAUAUUGCAUCUCUCAAGAAUUCAACGGCACUUCAAAGUGAUUCAACCUUCAGCAAUGCUGAUGUUCCAUCUGACCCAGUUUAA